CAAAAUAUGAGAUGCAUUUCUUUUCCUGAGAAGUCUAAAUUUUCGGUCUUAUUUAUUGCAACGCAACUUCAAGUCAAGUUGAAUAGGAAGCCAAAGGUGAAAAGUCUUCUUUGGUGUUAAAAAACAGUUUCCACGACCAUUGCCAGGGGGGUUGACCGCUCGCAUGGGAAAUAUGCCUGUGUGUUUCCCAUUUAGACUUUGAUAAGUUACUGACUGGAUGUCUUUGUAACACAAUCACUGAGACACCCGGUUGGGCUCUGCCGCUAACCUGUGCAUAAAACCUGAGUGCUUGUGGCGAACCGGUCUAUCUGUAGGCGUGAGCGAUCGGAGUCCGCGCGGUGCGUUUGGUGAGUCGAGAAGAUGGAACGAACAUUUUAUGUCUUUUUGGCUUUUCUUGUCCACUCAGUGGCAUCCCAGGGACAGAUAGACGUGGAUUUGACUGAUCACGGGAAGAAGGGCAUUCAUGGAGGCGACGAAGGCUGCACAAACACCAAACUGGAUCUGGUAUUCGUCCUGGACGAGUCCAGUAGCAUCUGGGGCCCCGAUUUCAAGGCCCAGCUGCAGUUUUUAUCCCAUAUCACAGAAGACUUUAGGAUAGGCCCAGAUGCAACCCAGAUUGCCGUCCUGACCUUCUCUAACCGCGCCACGGAUCACUUUUACCUGAACAGAUACAACACGGCCGAGGCCCUGCAAAAGGCCAUUGUCGGUAUUAGACAGCAGGGUGGUGGAACCUACACCAAUAGAGCCCUUGAUAGGAUGCGAGAGCGGUACUUCCUUGCUGCCAAUGGAGGCAGGCCAGGUGUCCCCAAGCUGGGUAUUAUCAUUACUGACGGUGCAUCCCGCGACAAGGCCUUGACCGCAGCAGCGGCAGCAGAGGCUCGCGCGCAGAACAUAACUUUGGUGGCCAUUGGUGUCGGUGCCAAUAUUGGUCGCGAGGAACUGAACUUGAUAGCCAGCGAGCGCAAGGGAAAACCCGGGGAUAAGUACACAUAUACUGUGGAGAAUUACGAAGCCCUGGACAGCAUUCGAGUCGAACUAUCUAAGGUGACUUGUGAAGAACCGGCAAAAUGGAGCCCAUGGACUCCUUACUCUACCUGCAGUAAGACAUGCGGGGACGGUAGCCAAACCAGAACCAGAACAUGUCCAAAGCCCGGAAAAUGUCCAGGAGCGGCCGAGCAGACCAGGCCUUGCAAUCUGAGACCAUGCCGAUCGAAAUCAAAUAUAUCAAAGGAACAGGAAAGAGUCUCUGUCGAUUAUUUGCAACUCAGCGACACUCCGGUUGAUACAAUACGGAACAAAGUAUUGGCCUCAUGGACCGCCUGGUCUGAAUGGACGGAAUGUUCGGUCACGUGCGAUACAGGGCAGACGACAAGGUCACGUGACUGUCGUAACGGAGUCCCAUCGACCGACUGUCUCGGGGACUCGAUAGAGGUCGGAAAUUGUAGCAAGCGUUUGUGCGAAACAGCUUGGUGGACGCAGUGGAGUCAGUUUGGCUCUUGCUCUGCCACGUGCGGGGACGGUGUGAGAGCCAGACGACGUGACUGUCAUGGCGGAAUAGCAGGGAUUAACUGCACUGGGCCAAGCUGGGACGAACAGAAAUGCAACGAGAAAAUAUGUGCCGUAUGGAGUGGCUGGGGGCCGUAUGGAAGUUGCUCAGUCACCUGUGGACGGGGAGAAGCCCUGGGUACACGUAAAUGUAUUGGUGGGUCCUCCCCCCAGGACUGCCGCGGGCCAGACAGGAGAGCAAGACCGUGCAAGAGGCAGUCUUGUCCUGAGUGGACCCAGUGGAGUCAUUUUAGUCAAUGCUCAGUGACAUGUGGCAAUGGAGAGAGGAGCCGUGUUCGGACAUGUAUUGGAGGAGAAGCAGGUUAUAGCUGCCGAGGAGAUGCAACUGAAUAUAUCGAAUGUAAUCAAAGGCCAUGUGCAACUUGGAGCCAAUGGGGUGAAUAUAGCUCAUGCUCGGUGUCGUGCGGAAAGGGCCUGAAGGUUCGGAAAAGGAAGUGCGUCUACGGCAGAAUUGGUUCUGACUGCCGAGGAGAAGAUAGGCAGCAAAAGUCGUGUCAAGCGGGGUCUUGCGAAAUACACGCAGAAGACCUUCGAGUUGGCAUGGGGCCACUGUGCCCAGAUGGAAUUUCUUCAGAUGGGACGUGUAUCACCCCAGCUGUUGAAAGCAAUUUAAGUGACCAAUCACCGUGUAACACGCAACAAUGUAAUAUAUGGGGGGAAUGGAGUUCUUUGCGAUCUUGCUCAGUGACAUGCGGAAACGGAACUCAGUCCCGGACACGAGUUUGUGAGGACAUUGAAAAUAACGUUCAGUGCAGUAUACGACAGACAGAUGUAAGAUCCUGUAAUGAAGGGGCAUGCCCCGCAUGGACCGCCUGGACUCCUUACGGCGCAUGCUCAGUGACCUGCGGGUCAGGGACGCAGGUUCGAUCAAGAAGAUGUGAGGAGGGAGUACCUGGGGUAGAUUGUCCUGGGAGUGAGAGAGAAAGCAGGCCGUGUAACCUCGGGUCCUGUAGGGUUCCAGCUGCAUGGACGCAGUGGUCAGGGUAUGGCGAUUGCUCAGUGACCUGUGGCACGGGUGUCCAGUCGAGGUCACGUACUUGUGAGAGGGGAGUGGCCGGAGUGGACUGUCCAGGGAGUGAAGUGGACAGCAGAGAGUGUGUUCUGGCCUCGUGCAAGGCACCAGCUGCAUGGACGGAAUGGGGAAGUUUCAGCGCAUGUUCAGUCACUUGCGGAACUGGGUCAAGGAUGAGGGCUCGCACGUGCAAAGGCGGGCGUCCUGGCAUUGACUGCCCAGGAAAGGCACUGGAAACGCCUAUAUGUAAAAUACGCGAUUGUUCUCCGGCGCCGCCUCGGAAAGCGCAAUGGACGGCCUGGGGUCGAUACGGCGAGUGUUCGGUGACGUGUGGAGGUGGGGAGAGGUCAAGGAGUAGGUCCUGUAUCACUGGGGUCCCCGGGGUGGACUGCCCGGGACCCGAAAAGAUGACUGAACGCUGCAAUGAAAAGCCAUGCCCGGCUUGGGGGCCAUUCGGUCCAUUUGGAAAGUGUUCUGUGGACUGUGGCAUAGGAACAUAUACCAGAACACGCCCCUGCAUUGGUGGUGUUGCCGGUGUUGACUGCCCAGGGUCUGACAGCGAUACACAGCCAUGUGAUGCAGGGAAAUGCCCAACACCAGUGGAAGACCCUUGCUGCGAAGAACUGGACGAGGGUGACAUAGCAUUCGUGUCUGACAGCAUGAACUUCGGUGGUGUGAAAGGGAACAAGGCCGUGAAAUUCAUUGAGGAUGUCAUCUCGGACCUGCCAAUUGAAGGUGGAAAGGUUCAAGCUGCAGUGGUCUCCAACAAGUGCCUGGCAAAGAUGGGCUUCUUCCUGAACACGUACAAGGAUAAGGCCGCCAUGUCGGAGCAUUUGCAUAAUCUCCCAGGAGACGAAGUUGUCCAGCCAAUGCUUGAAACCAUGCGCACAUCCUACUUCGAUCCAGCAAACGGUGCCAGAGCCGGUGCAAGGAAAAUCGGCGUCCUGGUCGUCGACGACGAUGCCAAACUUACAUACAAAACCAUGGACGAGAUCAUGAAGGCUAAGCAGAAUAACAUCGAGCUUUUUGUCGUUGCCAUGAGUCCCAAUAUCGACGACUUCAAAAUGCAGUUCAUGGCGGAUGAGCCCCGUCAAAUGCACAUGUACAAGAUGAAAGACGGCAGCGCGCCCAAUAUAGAAGAAAUGAGAAAGCAGCUACGAAAUAACAUCUGCACACGUCUAAUGAGGAGAAAGUUAUAAGUUGACCAAAAAUCACAACGUAGGAUGCAGAAACAUCUUAAUGUGAAGGAACCAGGCGUAUCUUCGAUUUGGGAUGUAUAACAGGUUUUUUUCAAGAGAGACUGGAAAAUGAUAUUAUACAAAACAUACAAUAGGAGAAACUACAAGAAAUAGAAUAACCUCCAAAUAUGGGUGUUCUUUGUACAGCAUGGUGGAUUUUUAUAUCAAUAAUGUGAAAUACAGUUGGACUUCUGCACUUGUACAAAAGAACAUUUAGGCCUACCGGAAAUAUGCAUCCAUUUGUUUACUUUUUGUUAGAAACCACGGGCGUAUUUCAUGGUUAACUGAAUAUAACCUUGUUUGGUAAAGUACUGUAAUCAAAUCUUCAUUAUCAAAAUCCAUAGUUUGAACCCAGCGAUAGUACAGUGGCGUACGCCUAAUUGGCUGUAUCCGCAUACAAUGUGAAUCGUUGGACAAUAGCACUGUACAAAAGAUAGUGAACUUUGUUCUUCAUUUGUAGUUUACACAGAUAACGAGAAGGUUCUUCGCGGGUGCAAAACUGAAAUUGUAUAUUAAUGCCUUCAUUGUUUGUGAUAACUUGAAAGGUCUUUCUUUCAUUUUUGCGAUUGAUGUUAUCUUAAACAUUACGGGGAAUCAAUGUAGAAACUAACAUAUUCGUUUAAUGCUUGAUCGUGUAGAUAUUGAUGCAAAGGACCCGGAUGUUCAGUACCACUGAAACGAUGGGACUUUCUCUGAUUUAUAUUUUCAAUGCAGGGGUUCUUUGUGAUAUAGUGAGCACACCAGUGCACAUUUAAAGGAGAUAUAUUACCAACAAAACGGGUAGUAUGCUAUUGACGUUUAGCAGUACUUGAUUGUUUUAAAGGGCAGACGAGUCGGUUUGAUAAAACGUCAGCUGGUUAUGACAUUUGCCUAACCAAUCAAAAUUGUCGAAAUAUAUGCACCAGGGAAGCAGUUCCCAAUGAUAAUUCUCGUUACAAUUACCAAGACGCUUGUGAGAUUUUGUUGCAAUGUGAGUUAAAUACACAGUCACUUUCUUAUUUGGAUUUUUCUUCAUUGCAAAAGUGUUUGGUUUCACUUCAGCAGCAAUAAAUGAGCAUUCUUACGUGUAUGAAUGAACAUGAAUAAAUGUUUCACGAUCAAA